UAUAAUUUACAACAUAAUUUAGCAAUUUUAAUCGACACGAUUUCGAAGCGAUCGAAGAACAUUUAAAGAAACGAAAUAACGAAAAGAAAGUUGGAAAAUUUAAAUAAAAGAGAAUAAACGGAGAGUGUUUGCCAAGGGUUGAACGACCUUAUAGUAACUCAGCGGGUUCUGAUGUGCGAACGUUGUAAGUACUUAGCCCCUUUUGCUUUCGUUUGAUUUACACAGGGUUUGUUAUCGGUUAGCCUUUCGUAAGCUAUUUCUUGACAACGAUUUGAACGUUGCUCGAUGCUUGAACCUUCUGUUUUCGGUAUUUGCAUAUUUACCGAAUCUCACUGAUGGUCAUUCGAUACGCGUAUCACGAGGGGGAAGAUGGGGAAAUCCAUUAAAAUCUUUUAUAGCCGUUUUCGAGAAAUUGUUGAUUCCGUUGCGGGCCUCGCGGAAUUCUAUGCUAUAAUAUUAUAACAAUAUUAUUUAUUAUAUUUAGCGAUUGCUUGUUUUCUACAUACAUGUAUGUAUAUAUGAUAAAAUGUGGUUGCAUCGAAGCGGUAAAAGAUAAACGGUUCCUAAGAUCCUUCGAAGUUGGACGGACGCGUGACCUAUCGUUACAGCUGCCAAAUGAAGGCGAAGAAGACGGAACAACGGUAGAUGCAUAAUUUCUGCAUAACGAAUAACAGAAUGUACGCGAGACUAACCGUGAUUCCUUACAAAGAGCAUUAAACACAUCGUUUCGAGGACCAUUACGAACGGUCAUGCGUUCUUUGGGGCGCAUGCAUUUACGCCCUCGAACGGUCACGAAGAGAGGGGGUGGUAUUUGAAGAGCUGACGCGCGAUUUCAUCCCUCACACGCCAAACUUGAUUCCUCACGCGAGUUACAAACCUUUUUAGGAAGAUUCAGCGAAAAUAGGGAAAGUUUAGUAAUCGAGAAUAGUGGUUCUGUAAACUCCGUAUCAAGGGAUUCUUCCUCUCGACUCGCGAAAGUUAAUCGUAAACCUGAAGAUUCGGCAUGAAGGCAAUCAAAUACGUCUGCUGCGUUUUGGUGCUUGUAUGUUUCGUGAACGCUGUGCAGACCGAGAAUUCUCGAAGUAAGAUCGAUCGACAAUUGUUCGACGCGUUCGCAACUGACGAAUCUUCGAAAUCGAAGAGACCUUUUUGCAAUGCUUUCACCGGGUGCGGAAAGAAGAGGAAUUUCCAGGAAAAUCCGAUAAAUUUUCAGGGAAACAUGGAAGGGGAUGUUAAUAUUCGACUUCCACUGUCCGUUUACAAAGUAUUGUUGAGAGCAGCUUCGCAAAAUAUUCGGAACACGAUUAAUCGUGAAUCGAACGAAUACGAAUUUUCAGGAAUUCCACGUGUUUAUCUUUCUGGUAAAAUGCCUCUUCGCAAGAGAUUCGAUGACCCAUCGACUUCUUUCGAAUGAUUUGCUCUUUUCAGUUGGAAAUGCACCAACCGUGCGUGAUGAACGUGUCGUUACUUCGCGUUAUAAUUGGACUGCGAAUAUUUAUCGAAAUCAGAUUUUCACGAUAUAUUUUUCUUGUUGAAAUGUCGCUAGAGAAAGUAGCAUUUUAUUCUUUUUCGUUGUAACAGGUAUCGGAGACAUAUUUUCUCGAAUUUCGUUCUAUAAAGUUAUAAAUAUACACAUAAAAAUCCGCAGUCCAGUUCUAACAAUAGGUAUUUUAAUGUUUAUUUUUCUUCCCUCUUCUUUCUUCGUUUAAAAUUUAAACAACUUAUAAACACGCGCAAACACACACACACACACACACACACACACACAAAACAGAAGUAGUUGAAUAGAUAUAAUUUAUUUGACAAUGUUUCUUGUACAUUUACCAGAACCGAAAUAAAAUUGAUAAUAGAAGUAACGAUAAUCGUUUGUUCUUAACCUUAAAUAAAAAUGAUCGAAAGUGGGUGCGCUUAGCGUACAUGUACACGUG